UCCACAGGGCCUGAACUGGGAAGGAGGAUGGGGAUGCUCGUCUGGAAGGUAGCCUCUGCUUCAGAAAAGAAAGCAGGAGCUCGCUAGCUGGCUGUCGCCUCUCCCUCUCCCCCUCUCUCUGUGACGGAAGUUUUGACAUUUGACGCCUCUAGCCAUGCUGGGAGCAGCUUCUUUCAGAGCCCGAGGGAGGAGGCCUCCACAAGCCGAGCUGGUUGUUGUGUCAGGAUUAUAGUAGUACGUCAAAGCUGGCUUGAAUGAAACGAAACGGAGCCGCACCCGGGAAGCGACACCAGGAAGUAGCCGACAAGGCAGCCAGGAAGCAAGCAAGCCGGGGUCGGGGGCUGCCCGCCUUCUUCUCACCGACGAGCUACAGGGGGGGCACGGGCGUCCCCGGCAGGAGGGGAUACCCUGCAGUGAAAGGAAGCAUUAUAAGCUCUUUGUGAGCGGCCGGUUACGGGAGGACGAUAUUUUUCAGCCAGGACCUGGCUUUCCCCGCCGUGAGCUGUUGGAAGGGUGCUAUCAAACAGAAGCAAAAGUUCUUACCUUAAAAUAGGAAGAAGAAUUUGCCAGUUCCUGGGGUGGUUGAUAACAUCAAAGAAGAUGGAUAAAGGACAUAAUUGAGUGUGAAAUCUGCCUUACUGACAACUUGGAACUAGCUGAGAGUGGAAGAAGUAUUCUCAAGGGGUAAAGUUUGAACGUGGGACUUAAGUAAAUGGCUCAGCUUCCACCUGGAAUUUAUUUGAUCACAUCAUUUACACGAGAACAGUGGUACAGGGCUUUCAUAUUUGUUCUGACUUUUAUGUUGUACGCUAGUUUCCACUUAUCAAGGAAACCAAUCAGUAUAGUUAAGGGGGUACUGCAUAAGCAUUGUGCCAUUCCACAAGAUACCGAGCUCAUCAAUUACAAACAAUAUGCAAUCCAUAAUCAGCUUAUGGAAAAUCUAUGUAAUAAGUCAAGCAGUGGUUGGGACCCCUUUGAUAAGAGCAACUACAAAGAGUUACUGGGAGCCCUGGAUUAUUCAUUCUUGUGUGCUUACGCAGUUGGAAUGUAUCUGAGUGGUAUACUAGGGGAGCGUUUGCCUAUCCGAUAUUAUCUCACAGGAGGGAUGUUUGCCAGUGGACUCUUUACUGCAAUGUUUGGACUUGGCUACUUCUAUAAUAUACACAAUUUAUGGUUCUACAUUGCAGCUCAGAUUGCGAAUGGGUUGGUACAAACUACUGGCUGGCCUAGUGUGGUUACCUGCAUUGGUAAUUGGUUUGGGAAAGGAAGGAGAGGUCUCAUAAUGGGAUUAUGGAACUCACAUACUUCAGUGGGGAAUAUUUUGGGAUCCUUAAUAGCUGGCUACUGGGUAUCUACUUGCUGGGGUCUGUCUUUUGUAGUGCCUGGCAUUAUAAUAUCCAUAAUGGGAAUAGUAUGCUUCCUGUUCCUUAUUGAACAUCCAAAGGAUAUAAGCAUUGCAAGCACACCAACCAAUAAUUCAAAAAGUUACAUGAAUGGAUCAAAUAGAUUCAAAAUUCAGACACCAAAGUUCAGCACUAAGGAAACAAGCAGAUCUCAGGAUCCAGAGAUGCAGUGUCUGUUAUCAGACAAUGAGAAUUGUAUGAAGCCACUCAGUCAUAACAAUGGAGUCUGCAAAGGUUACGAAAAUGGACACUCAGCUAUAAGCUUUACUGGAGCUUUGCAAAUACCUGGGGUUGUAGAAUUCUCCCUGUGUUUGCUAUUUGCAAAAUUGGUCAGCUACACUUUUCUUUUCUGGCUUCCUCUAUAUAUCACAAAUGUAGAUAACCUUAAUGCUAAAGAAGCAGGUGAUCUUUCCACACUAUUUGAUGUUGGGGGAAUAUUUGGUGGAAUUUUGGCAGGCAUCAUAUCAGACCGACUAAAGAAAAGGGCUUCAACUUGUGGCAUAAUGCUAUUGAUUGCAGCACCCACGCUAUAUGUAUUUUCUGCUGUCAGUAAAAAGGGCCUUGAAGCUACCAUAGUCAUGCUUCUCUUCUGUGGAGCUCUUGUAAAUGGUCCUUAUACACUGAUCACAACAGCUGUCUCUGCAGAUUUGGGUACCCAUAAAAGUCUGAAGGGAAAUGCAAGAGCACUUUCUACAGUUACAGCCAUUAUCGAUGGAACAGGCUCUGUGGGAGCUGCUCUAGGACCUCUGUUGGCUGGUCUCCUGUCUCCUACUGGUUGGAACAAUGUUUUUUACAUGCUGAUGGUAUCAGAUGCCUGUGCCUUACUUUUCUUACUGCGUCUUAUAAAAAAAGAACUUCGUUGUGGGAUGGCUCAGACCUUGUUUAAAGAACACUGAUUUUCAGACAAGAAGAAUAGUCUUUAUGUGCAAUUAAAAAUCUUAUUUUUGAAGACUGAAGCUGUGAUCCAGGUAGCCUGUUAUUUACCCUGUGAAAGAUGCUGCUGUGUUUAAAGGAAAGGAGAUUCCUGUUGCACAUGUUUCUCUGGAUUGUGGCCUUUGUGAGAAUAUUCUUUUAUAUUUGACUUGAACUGUAUUUUCUAAACCAAUGUUGCACUUAUUGAAAGGAAGCGUGUACUGCAAUCCAGAUGGAGGGAUGCACAGAGGCAGCCAAGGACUUGUGGUGCCGUACUGCUUCCACGGGGAAUUCGGGCAGCCCAAAAAUGAAGGAAAGUUUAAAUCCCUCUGGCCACCCAAAUCACUCCAUUGAAUAACCAGGCUUAUGUAGCACUUCUGUGCAACAUAAGGGCUGGGGCUGGUGUUCCCAGGCUGGAACGCUGGUGGAAUAUAAGUGAAGUCAGCUCCACCCUCAAAAACACCCCAGCCCACCGAUGCCAGUGUAGCUACGCAGUGACCCAACUUCUGGGUUUGCCUGUUAUGGAGCGGUGGGGUGGUGGGACACUGGCAUUUUUACUUCCUGUGUCAGUAUGGGUGCCUCAAAUGCCUGUAGAGGGGGCAAACACGUUGGUGUGGGCCUCUGUCACUUCAACAGCGCAGUUGGGCCCACCCCCGUUUGCAUUCGGCUGCCUAGAAUUCAUCUCUCUCUCUCUUUCAUUUUUUUGCACAUAUACCAAUAUCUCAGGAUAGUGAGCUUUCUCAAAUAAGAGAAAGGAGCUGUUGGAUAUUUUAUGCCUGAACUGAGCCAAAGAAAAUGUGCCUUGGUAUUAAUUUGGAAAUACUGUCUAAAGUAAAUUUUGUGCUGCAUGAUUUUAUUUUUUAAAAUAGAAUGCAAACAGAUCUGAGAACAAGAAACUAAGAAAAGUAAUUAAUUUCAGGUGCUGGCUUGAAAUGUGCUAAGAAAAAUUAUCAAAGCAAUGAGCUAAGUGUCCCUUGUGUUGUGUCUGAGCUUGCUAUCAAGAAUGAUCAUUGUAGACUAUAGGCUGUAUAUUCUGUUAUAAGAAAGCAGGUUGCCUUAUUAACUGGCAUUAAUGAUUAACUUUUCGUACUACCCAACCCCAGAGCCAAUAUCCAGUAUGUUAAAGAUUGGAAUUGAAGAUCGACAAUGGCAAGUGUACAAAGUAAUUAUGCUGCCAUUAUCCAACCACUUACUCCUGGAGUUUGUCUCAUUGAAUUUACUGAAUGAACAAUUUGAGGACAGCCAUCUUAGCAUUUACUGUUAGCACUUAGCUAACACUGAGGCAGUAGCAUUGGCUGUU